CUGACCCUGUGUGUGUGUGUGUGUGUGUGUUUCAGCGAGCAGAGCAUCUGUCAGGCCCGCGCCUCCGUCAUGGUCUACGACGACACCAGCAAAAAAUGGGUGCCGAUCAAACCGGGUCAGCAGGGCUUCAGUCGCAUCAACAUCUACCACAACACAACCAACAACACCUUCCGUGUGGUGGGCGUCAAACUGCAGGACCAGCAGGUGGUCAUCAACUACUCCAUAGUGAAGGGUCUGAAGUAUAACCAGGCCACGCCCACCUUCCACCAGUGGCGGGACGCGCGGCAGGUGUACGGCCUGAACUUCGCCAGUAAAGAGGAGGCUAACACCUUCUCCAACGCCAUGCUGUUCGCCCUCAACGUGCUGAGCAGCGCAGACGGAGGUCCAGCUGUUCAGCGGCAGCUCCAGAACGGCCCGAACACAGAGGAGCUCGAGGUGCAGAGACGGCAAAUGGAAAUGCAGGCGCAUAUCGAGCGGGAGAGACGAUCGUCCAACUCAGGUUCCCCGUUUCAGGGUCACGCGGUGCUGUCUGUAGCUCCGCCCAUUGCCACGCCCCCUCCGCUGCUGAUGGGUGGCCCCUGCCCGCCUCCCCCCCCGCCCGGGCCCCCGCCCCCCUCCGCCGGGGCUCCGCCCCCUCCCCCGCCCCCUUUGCCCGUGUGUGGGUACGGGGGCCCCGGGGCCGCGCAGGACGAUGGUCAGGGCCCCACAGGACUCGCCGCCAUGAUCGCCGGAGCCAAACUGCGCCGCGUCAAUCGGCCCGAGGAGAACUCCUCUUCCGGAGCCAAAAGCGAAGCCAACCGGACGAGUGGCGGGAGCGGAGGCCUGAUGGAGGAGAUGAACGCGCUGCUCGCACGCAGACGGAAAGCAGCGGAUGAGAAGAAAGAUGGAGACAGCCAAACCGACGAUCUGAACUCUCGUGGGCAGAACGCUUCAGAUGGAGUGAAGAAGCCGUGGGACCGAGCGAACUCUGCCGAGCGAUCGUCGCUGGUGUCCAGGGUUCGUCCCGUGGGGAGCAUCGGAGACUCCGACGCCUUAGACUUCGACAGGAUGAAACAGGAGAUCCUGGAGGAGGUCGUCCGGGAACUGCACAAGGUGAAGGAUGAGAUCAUUGAUGCCAUUAGACAUGAACUCAGUAGAAUCAGCACGACAUAAUGUCCAUGUUUCCCGAGAGCCAAACCCACUGUAGCCGAGGAAGAGGAAGAGAAAGAAGAAGAAGAAGAGGAGAACGUUACGCCGUAUUAAAGCCCACAGACGCUAAUGCUAACGCGGCGCUAACGCGGCGAAGGACACUGCACUGACUUACUGUUCUCUGGAAGAAACUGAAGAAACUACACAAGUGUUUUUAUGAGGUGUUGUUCUGUUCAUUUUCUCUGCAUUAUUAUUAUUUUUUUAUUAUUAUAGCUGUAGUAGUAGUGUUUUCAUGUACACUGCCGUUCAACAUUUCUAAUGUUUUUUAAAGAAGUCUCUUCUGCUCACCAAAGCUGCAUUUAUUUGAU